CCCUCCUAUAUACAUACCUUCCUUCCUACAUACCUACCUACCUUUCUAAAGCGCUAACGUCACACGGGUAGGGGAGGGGGGAGGAAGAAGGGUGGGAAGGAAAGGUGUGGGACCGAAAGAAGGGGUGAGGGAAAGAAGGUAAUAUAAAGAAUAAAAACAAAAGAAAAGUUUGAAAAAGUAAAAGACAUACCUCAGUCUUGAGGGAAGAAGGAAGCAUGUUACAGAUCUCGUCCAGGGCUUUCUUGAUCUCUUCCUACAAUAUCAUCGUUAACUGGUUAACACUAGAACUUCGGGGAAAGUUUGACAAAAAUCCUGGGAAAUAUUCCCCUGUAUUGUAGACGGACCACUUGUGAGGUGGAACACCCGUGGGGCUUUUAAUUAUUCGUUUCUUUUCUACGAGAUCAGGAAUAUCAUUGUGUGAAUUGCCAUGGUUAUUUAUACGUACAUCGAUAGUUACGAUGGCUACUAACUACUGUCUUACGAUGAUUUAAAACCUAGGUAACAUUUUCUUCCUCUAGGUUCCUGCAGCAGUUGUGAACAAACCUCGUAUAAAACCUGCACCAACAGCUCCUCCACAACAAAUCGUUCUCAAUCAACACACUUUCUCACAACUUACACCGCAACAACAGCAACAGAUCUUAGCGCAACAUCCUAGACUACAACAAUUAUUUCCCAAAACGCAGCUGGCAACAUCGAAACGUAAGUAGGGGGAGUUGCCGAGAGAGAGAGAGGGGGGGUGGGCAGAGGAGAGGGUGUUGCACAGAGUUGCCGAGAAAAGGAGUGGGGUGGAGGAUGGGAAGUUGAGUGGGCAUGAGACGUCGCUGAGUGGGCAUGAGAAAACGUCGCUGAGUGGGCAUGAGAAUCGUGGGCUCGGUUUAAAAAUUUUCGCGCGCUUUUUGUUUUGCGGCUUUACUUUGACUUAUUCGCAACGAAAAAAGGCUCAAAUUGCAAGUUUAAACUGUUUACAACCAUUAUUUUCGAGUCAUCUAAAGUUGUUUUAGGACUUUAGCUUUUUCUUUCCCUCCAAAUUCUACCUACAUGAAUAGAUAAAAAACUUUCGUGAAAUAAUUUUUGUAGUUCGCCUCAUUAAUAUUCAUUACACUUCAGCAUGUACAAUAUACGUAUGCUUCUGAUCGUGCGACUCUUCCAAACACCGGCAGAUUUUCUCUGGGCACUUCUUAAAGCAUCGCUCUUGCCUCUUACUGGACGUACUGGAUCUCUUGCUAAUAGUUGAAUCUGUAUUUUUAGCUGGUAUUGUGUUAAUAUCGUCUCAUGCCAGUCCGGCAGGUAUGGCGCAUGCCGCAGGUACAAUAAAACCACCGGCAACACCAACCAGCGCUGCGCAGGCGCACGAUAAAUCAAAAGCAAGGCCUACGUCAUCGAUAUCAGCUGUUACCAGGUAAUGAUAUAGAGUCGAAGCCUAUUGUGCAUAAAACACGAGGAAAUAACUACAUGAAAACGAGGCCAUUGGGGCAAGAGUCUAUUGUUUAUGAAUACACCGUUCUGGAUAGUAUUUAGCUGUGGCUAUAGACUAUAGAGCCUCGCUUCCGUGUUUGAGACAGACAGAUUUAGAUCGAGGACGCGGACGUCAAAGACGACGUGAAAAUGACGUCAAAAUGGCGUGGCAUAUCCAUACAUGGGCACAACACGUCAUUUUCACGUCAUCUUUGACGUCCGCGUCCUCGAUCUAAAUCUGUCUAUUGACUUUAGAGACGUUUAUCUGAUGUCACUGAUUACAAAAUCGUAAACAGGUCUUUUAUAUUUAACAAAUAUAAAACAUUUUCCGUGUUGAUAUGUAGUACAGUUAUAACAACACGAGUGGAAAUUGGGAAAGGCGAAAUUGUGUGGAAACACGACGCCCGGAGUGUUUUCACACAAUUUCGCGUUUUUCCAAUUUCCACGAGUGUUGAUAUAACUGUAUGUCAAUACGGAAAAAUGUUUUAUAUUUUUUUACAAUAUAGCACGAAGAAAUAUAUAGAAAGAAAUUUUCCGUGUUGAUAUUGAGUUAUAUCAACACGGCUCUUAGCCAGUCAGCAUUCAGGAUUUACAAAUGCUAUAUUAUAAUCACUGAUAUAACUGUAUGGUUAAGAUAAAGGGCUCAAUAUCUCAAUUAUGAAAACGAGGCUCUAUAGCCGAGACUGGUCACUUUCCAGAAGCGUGUAUUCUACAAGAACAACCUUAACCAAUCAGGGAUUGGUGACAUUGCCGCCUGGUCUUGGCAUACAGCGAACCUAAACUUAAUCAUUUUUUUGCCAGUGGUAACGAUGACGACAUCAAUGAUGUGGCGUGUAUGGCCGGAGUGAAUUUACAGGUACAGCACUGCGAAAAUCCUUAGUAAUCCUGUAAGCGCCUUUGAGUAAAAUUUUUAGCCUUCUUGUCGUAGAAGAAUUUGUGAUGAUGUCUCCUUGUAUUACCAAUUUUUUUCCGUUCUCUUAUUCUAUUUUAAAUUCUAUUUUGUAGGAAGAGCAGUCUAAAAUUCUCGCCACGAACUCGGAAAUCUUAAACCUGCAGCUACGAAGUUGCAAGGAUUCGUAUUUUUUAAAUAGCAAGAUCUUGCAAAAGCAAAUCGAAGAUAUUGGUAAGUUGACUGGUGUAUAUGGUGAUUUCUACGUACGCUGUCUUUUUUUCUCAGCUACUACUUUUUUCGGUGGGGGGGGGGGGGCGAAUUUAAGUUGCCACCUUUAAGAAUUAGAACAAUUUAGUACUGAUAGAGCUAUCCAGUUUAAUUGUUACUUUAGUUAGGUCAAAGAUGGUAUCACAGUAUAGGGAGACAACCAGUAGGGCCACUCAGGAGAGACAAAAGUGUGAAUUUGUUAAGGUCCUAGGUGUCUUGCGCGGUCAAAAUAUUAUUGUAAUACAAUUUUAUAGUGAACUGCUGCCGUUUACCGGCUGCCAGUAUGUUAAUCAGGUUGGCAGCCAGUAAACAAUGCGGACAUUUUCUGUGACAGUGGCCCUACUGUUGUUUUCCUAUGCUGUAAUGGUAUCUUCCAUCUUAUAUUAAGUAAAAAAUGGCAUCUUGCCCAAUUCUUUACUUGAUUAAAAAAAAAUCGGUAAAUUUUCUAGCGAAAAAGCAUGGUGUGAGUAACCUGGGAUCAAACGUGUGUGGGUUAGUUUCUCAUGCGACGCAAGAAAGACUGACGAACAUCAUGGAAAAAUUGUCAAUCUUUAGUUUACAUCGACUGGAAACAAUGAAAGUAAGAUAUGAAAUUCCGGUAUAUAUUUCUUUGUUGUACACGUUGUAGAGCAGUUUAAUUUGCUUUGAUAUCUUGCCUGCUCGCCCACAUACCUACUUACACACCUACCUACAUACCCACCUACCACGUACCUACCCACGUACCUAUACCCACGUACCUAUACCCACGUACCUAUACCCACGUACCUAUACCCACGUACCUAUACCCACGUACCUAUACCCACGUAGUACCUACAUACCCACCUACCUACCUACCUACAUACCCACCUACCUACAUACUGUACCUGCAGUACCUACCUACCCACGUACCUACCUACAUACCUACCUAACUACCCACCUACUUACAGUACCUACUUACCUACAGUACCUACUUACCUACAGUACCUACCUACCUGCCUACUUACAUGCUUUCCAACAUACCACCUGCAAUCUACCUGACAAUUUACAUUUAUAUAUACAGGAUGAUCCGACUUAUCAAACAUCGUCAGACGUGAAGUCUCAGCUUCGAGUUUUUGAACAAAUCGAUGAACUCGAAAGACGAAAACGAGAAGCGAGGGAAAGAGAAGUUUUGAUACGAGCAGCCAAGGUAAGAACACAUCCUUUUGUUCGAAAAAAACUCCUUUUUACCGUCACCCUGUCUCAUGUAAACAUGUCGUGUACAUUCCUCGAACUGUUUCUUUAUAAAUGAACUACAGAGUCGAUCACGGCAAGAGGAUCCUGAGCAAGCAAGAUUAAAAGAGAAAGCAAAACAGGUGGGCAUGAGUGACAGCACGUGGUAUGUUAAACCAGUUACCUUGGAUCCAGCCAGUUCUGGUAGAGAAGGGGGGGGGGGGUGUUAUCGAACUUUGGUGUUAGUUCAUGGUGCCACCGUCGACCAACUCCGUAAUCCUAGAGGGAGGGAGCUACAUUACGGCAGCAAGGCACUAGUCCUCAGCAGGGAUGGAUUUACUGGGGGGGGGAGGUGCAGGGGGGUGCACACCCCCCUAGCCCUGGCCAGGAGGGGUGCAGGGGAGGGUGCUAUUUUUCAUGAUAAAGCAAAAAAUUAUCAGAGACAAAAUGAGAUUCAGUAAUUUGAGUAAUAACAUGAUGAUAAGCGAACUGUGAACAACAAUUACAAUUCAAAUACUGUAGCUAGACUUUGCAGUGGUUAAGCAAGUUGAUGGAUGUGUAAAGUCACUGGAAAGCAAUUGCAACGUACUCGUCCGGAAAAUUUUUUUCCCUAAAAAGUUGUCGAUGGGGGGGGGAGGUUGUUGCUUUCCGAAAAUUUUUUUUUGGCGGAGCACCCCCCUACCAGACCAUGCUGGAUCCAUCCCUGGUCCUCAGUCUUCUUGACAAUUUCGCAACCAUGUUACUUUGAACAACAAGCACUACAGUAUUAUGUUCUCUAGCCACAUGGAAGCCAAACGCGUUGUUUUUCUUUGUUUUAGCUUCAACUCGAGGAAGAGGAAACAUUACGAAAGCGUGCUGCGAACAAAACGGCGUUAGACGCUAUUGGACCGCGAAAGAAACGAAAACUCGACGAGGCUCUGAACAACACUGAGGUAAUCUGUGAUAACAUUUCCUUGUUUACACUUGCUGGAAACUGACCUGAGUGGCAUCUCGGGAUGCUAGAUCCUGAGGAAUAUUUUUCACAUAUGUUAUGGGCGAAAUAUGCAACUUACAGUAUAAGGCCCAUUUCCACUCAGGAAAAUUUUCCGCAGAAAGAAAAUUUUGUAAAAUGUGAGAUUGGCCGACACAAAUUUUGGGUCCGAAAACAAAUUUUCAAGUUUGAAAAUUUUCAAGUUUUAACAAUAUUUUCGUAAAAUUUUCUGUCCGUGGAAAUUUUUUCCUGAGUGGUAAUGGGCCUUAAUGUUUGAUGGUAAUCAAGUACAAUAAUGUUUUUCAGGGUUCACCUGGGGCGAGUACAGGACCCGGAUCAACUGCAACAAGUGGCAGUCGAAAUCAAGUAAGAACUUUGUUUCAUAUUCUUCUUUUUGUUUGUUUGUUUGUUUGUUUGUUUGUUUGUUUGUUUGUUUGUUUGUUUGUUUGUUUGUUUGUUUGUUUGUUUGUUUGUUUGUUUGUUUGUUUGUUUGUUUGUUUGUUUGUUUGUUUGUUUGUUUGUUUGUUUGUUUGUUUGUUUGUUUGUUUGUUUGUUUGUUUGUUUGUUUGUUUGUUUGUUUGUUUGUUUGUUUGUUUGUUUGUUUGUUUGUUUGUUUGUUUGUUUGUUUGUUUGUUUGUUUGUUUGUUUGCAUAUUUGUUUGUUUCCGACGCUUUAUCAUUCUUCUUUUGUCUUUAUCUUUUCUUCUUCAUCCGUCUUUCAGUUUCCUCGCCAAAGAACACGUCGGGUUGUCCUCAAAGAUCUGUUACUUAUCAUGGAACAAGAGAAAGAACAAUGUAAUUCCAAACUUUUGUAUAAAGCUCUCAUGAAAUAACGCCAAUCAUAUCACAAUAAUCAUAUCAAUCAAAGAAAUAUUCGUAUUGUACAAGGUAACGAAGAACAGAACAUACUCAAAAUAGAAGCGUCUUGUGUACUCACGAUUUGAGAAAUGAACAAGAAAACGAUAUACAACCUCAAGUAUGAUUUUUGGUUUGUAUAAUAUUUGGGUCAUUCUAGAAAAAAUAUAAUAUAUCUUCGUAGUAAAAAACAUCGUCUUCAUCAACUUUUUCACUGUAGAAGUUUCCGGAUAUGAUGCCAUAUUAGUUUGUCUUUAUGAAAUCACAUCAUAUCUGGCAACUUUGACAGCGAAAAGGUUGAUCUUAGGGUGACCCUAACAUUACACGUUAUUUUGAAACAAAGUUUCUUUUUAAUUUCUCAAAUAUUGAGUGCACAAAACAUGCUUCUAUUCGGAAUAUUUUUGUAUUAAAAUUGUCGGCUGGGCAUGGACAAGAUAACAAAUUUGAGGUUUAAUGUACGAAACUCUCAAAUGUAAUUGUAAAUUCUAUAAACUUGUGUACAGGUUCCGUUUAAUGGAAUGGGAACGGUGCGAACAUUGCCCGUAAGAUAAAGGUCGUUAAAAAGUGACGAAAUUAAAAGAAAAUGUAUAAAAUAG